AUGGGUACUGUAGUAGAUGACAUUAAUUCUUCUUCAACUUCCAACGGUUUUGUUCCAUUUUCCUUGGAUCCUUCACAUCCGUUCUAUAUUCAUCCCUCGGAUAAUCCUGGAAGCCAAUUGGUAUCCGUUCCAUUCAGUGGUUGUGGGUUUGUGUUAUGGCGCAACAGUAUGCUUACUUCCCUUUCUGCAAAGAACAAACUCAGCCUAUUAGAUGGCAGAGUCAAUCAACCCACUCCUGAAUCUCCGUAUUAUCCAUAUUGGGAAAGGUGCAAUAAUAUAGUCAAAGCCUGGAUAACCAACUCAGUAUCUAGAGAAAUAGCUGUUAGUGUAAUGUGUUUUAAAACUGCUAAGGAAGUCUGGAAGGAUAUAAAUGAAAGAUUUGGUCAAUCAAAUGGGUCUAAAUACAUUCAAAUACAAAGGGAAAUCAGCUCUACUACUCGAGGCUCCUCUGAUAUAGCCUCGUACUUCACAAAGAUGAGGAGUUUGUGGGAUGAGCUGAAUUCUUCAUAUGUAGGUCCUACUUGUUCAUUGUGCAAAGCCUAUAGUCUUUUACAACAAGAUGAGAGUCAAAGGGAAGCUCACUAUGGCGCUCCUAACCUAUCUGGUGAUGCCACUUCUUUUUUGGUGUCUCCUAGUGCUUCUAAUACAAACAGGACUUUCAGUCAAAAAGUGAACUUUGAGGCCAGGAAAGCUGCUUCAAUUGUUUCUUGCAAGUACUGCAAGAAGCCUAGCCACACUGUAGACAAGUGCUACAGACUUCAUGGAUUCCCUACUGAUUUCAAGUUCACCAAGAGUAAGAAAUAUGCCUCUUGUGUUCAGACUGAAAAUCCAUCGACCACUGCUGUUACUACUACUUCUCAGCAAGCUGAUCCUUCAGCCCAUGGAUUUACCAAGGAGCAGUAUCAACACCUGCUAACCUUGUUUCAACAAGUUCAGAUGUCAAACACUUCCAUACCUGAUGCAUCCAAUGUGGAUCAACCUGCUUUUGCACACUUUGCAGGUUUGUUUAGCAAGUAUGCUGUAGAUUCUGAGGCUUCCCAUGUGUGUGCAUCUUCUCAUUUAGGUGUCAACCCUUGGAUCUUAGAUACAGGGGCUACAAAUCACAUGACUCCACAUAAACACCUUCUUUUUAAUGUCCAACCAUUAAUUAAACCUUUCCUUGUCACUCUACCUAAUGGAUAUAAAGCUAAAGUUGUAUCAACUGGAUCUCUGUACCUUAGGCAUGAUAUAAUUUUACUUCAUGUUCUUCUGGUGUCAUCUUUUCAUUUCAAAUGA